GCGAAAGAAUCAAUAAUGCGUGAAAUCGUUCACAUUCAAGCUGGACAGUGCGGAAACCAAAUCGGUUCCAAGUUCUGGGAGGUUAUCUCGGAUGAGCAUGGAAUUCAACCUGACGGUUCUUACCAAGGCGACUCUCCUUUGCAGCUUGAACGUAUGGAUGUCUACUACAAUGAGGCUUAUGGAGGCAAGUAUGUCCCGCGUGCUAUUCUUGUUGACUUAGAGCCGGGGACAAUGGACGCUAUCAAGGCUGGUCCUUAUGGUCGUCUCUUCCGUCCAGACAACUUUGUCUUUGGCCAGAGCGGUGCAGGCAACAAUUGGGCCAAAGGACAUUACACUGAGGGAGCUGAGUUGGUCGACAAUGUUUUGGAUGUUGUUCGGAAAGAGGCUGAGGGUUGUGAUUGUCUUCAAGGCUUUCAAUUGACUCAUUCGCUUGGUGGUGGAACUGGCUCUGGAAUGGGAACUUUGCUCAUUUCAAAGAUUCGUGAGGAGUAUCCGGACCGCAUUAUGUCUUCCUUCUCUGUUGUUCCUUCGCCAAAGGUCUCUGACACGGUUGUGGAGCCUUACAACGCAACUCUUUCGGUACAUCAACUUGUUGAGAAUACUGAUGAGACUUACUGCAUCGACAACGAGGCUCUGUACGAUAUUUGCUUCCGCACGCUUAAACUUCCAAACCCAACAUAUAGCGACUUGAACCAUCUUGUUUCUUAUACAAUGUCGGGAGUUACUACUUGCCUUCGUUUUCCUGGCCAGUUGAAUGCAGACCUUCGCAAGUUGGCUGUCAAUAUGGUGCCUUUUCCUCGACUUCACUUCUUCAUGCCUGGAUUUGCUCCACUCGCAGCUAAAGGUUCUGUUGCUUUCCAAGCUCAAAAUGUUGCGGAAUUGACCAAGCAAAUGUUCGAUGCCAAGAAUAUGAUGGCUGCUUGUAAUCCGUGCCAUGGACGUUAUUUGACUGUUGCUGCCAUCUUCCGUGGUCACAUGUCAAUGCGUGAAGUGGACGAUCAAAUGAUGUCGGUUCAAAACAAGAAUUCGUCUUACUUCGUUGAAUGGAUUCCAAACAACGUUAAGACUGCGGUUUGUGACAUUCCUCCACGUGGUCUGAAAAUGUCGGCGACCUUCAUUGGCAACUCCACCGCCAUCCAGGAACUGUUCAAACGCAUCUCUGAGCAAUUCACGGCCAUGUUCCGUCGCAAGGCCUUCCUUCACUGGUACACUGGCGAAGGUAUGGACGAGAUGGAAUUCACGGAAGCCGAGUCCAACAUGAACGACUUGAUUUCUGAGUACCAGCAAUAUCAAGAUGCAACUGUUGACGACGAGCUUGAAUAUGAUGCUGAAGUUACCUCUCAAGUUGUUGAACAGGAAUAA